CUGUCGCUUCUAACCCUUCUCCCUUCUAAAGAAGACAACUUAUCAGUCAGAAGAUAUCUUUCACAGAUUUAAACAGCCAGUUCCUGUGCUGCUGCAGGCAUAUUCUCCUUUCCAGUGAUCUUUCAGCCAUGGAAAGCCCGUGCAAACAAAAGAGUCCUGACUCAGUGUAUAGGAGAAAAGAUGAAUUAAUGAUAGGGAAUACCUAGAACGUGUGUUAAAUAUUUUCUGCAUAUUGAUACACCAAGUACUGUGAUGUGGGCAGGCCAAUAUUCUACACAAAGUAAGACUGAAUAACAUGCACAUGCUGAUGACUGGAGGACAGACUGAAGGACAUCAUGUUUUGCUUUAGCGUUAUUACUACUUGGGUGAAAUGAAGAGUUGGAUUCUGUUUUGGGAAUAUUCAGAUUUCUACCUCAUCUAAACUUCACUGGCUCUUUCUGCAGUACAGGUUUCAGCAAAUGAUUUCUGUUUUUUUAAACAAAAAUGCAGAACUUGUCACUAGUAGAAAGUCUUAGUAAUGCAGACAGGUUACACUGGAUGUCUCUGAAAGAUCUAGCAGCUGAUGUAAGUGAUAUGUCUCUCCACGAAAGUGACUGUAACUCAAAUGAAAGGAGAAGAAUAAUGAAUAUGAAUAAUGAAGAAAUGAUUAAUCUUGAAGUAAUGCAGCAAAGCCUCCCUGUAGUGAAUAGCAAAGGAAGAAGUUGUGAGGGGUUUUCUGAGGGUGGUCAUAGUACAUUAGAACCCAGUGGUUCCUGGGGUGAUUUUGAAGGCUUCAGGGAGUCCUUAGAUAAAUCAGAGAUUUUCAGUCAUAAUCGUGAAGUUCUGACGAAGUCAACAAAAACUUCUAAAGGUGAUAAGGACUUGUGCAGAGGACGUUGUGGUUCUUCUGUUAGUCGCUUUUGCUCUGAGCCAUCUCAACGCGCUGGGAGACAGGAGGCUUACAGCUGUAUGAAUGAGGCAAGCCACAGCUAUGAGGACAUAUUUAAGUUGGGCUUUCCAGAAGUUUCUGUACCACAGUCCAGAGAGAGCAUAAGAAGCUUAGAUCAAGUAUUUGAUACAAAUAAUGAAGAUACUGGGAUUCCUGAACUUACGAAGAAUCAACUUUGCAUCAAUUCUGGAAACAUAUGGAAAAGUCUUAAAGACUUUGAUAAUACCCCCAGCUUAAGACAUCCCUGGAGUAAAUCGCGUUGCCAAGAAAACUUCUUGAGUGUUCUUGGAAUAGAUGCAAAUCAGAAGGACUUUCCAGAGAGCCAGGAUAACAUUUUUAAGGAAUCAAACGUUAAAGAUAAUGAAGACUUCAGAUUUGAUGGAUUCAGUAUUAAUAACUGCAAAGCACUGAUCCAGACCAAGCUUUCUGUAUCACCAGAUUCCAGACAUGGUCAUCUUUUUACUUGUAACCUUUUUUUGAAAAGAACAUCAUCGAGUGGAAAUAUGCAAUAUAUAACAAUCCCAAGGAAGAAGCAAAUCUUCACUACACACAACCUAAAAAUGAAAUUUUUCAGUAGUGAUGUUUGUUAAACCAAAUGCACUUGUUACUUUUUUUUUCUUCUUUUUGAACUGAGUGCGGUUUACCUUUAUUUUGUAACUGGCUUGGUACUAGAGAGUUGCAUGUUCUUCAGGAAAGUGACGUAUUGCUAUAUACGAGGUUCCUAAAGCCGCCUUAUUAAAAGUUACUUACCCUAUUUAGUUUUGAAAUCAAAGAUAUAAUUUUGUCCUGGUAAGUUUUGUUGUUGAGUCACGUCUCUUACAGUAAAUGCAGCUGCAAUCAGACCUUAAAGAUACUCUGGUGGACUGCUCUUUUUAACUACUGACCUUUCAGGCCUUAAUAUCUCUUUGAUUAAAAACCUUGUUUUUCUGCCAAAAUCUAAACACAUCUUAGGGGUGUUGUGAAGUGUGCCUUGUCACUCUGUCUUCUCAUAUUUAGUCCAGUUUGGAUCAGCUGAGGUCUGGUACUUAGCUACUGCUUAGCAUUAUGAAAAGAGCCUUCUACAUCCUAUGGCUUUUACUGGAAUUUAAAAAAAAUAGCCUACACUGGUAAUAGGGGUAGAGUCAGUGGGGUGAUCAGAUUCAAAACGUUUUGUUCUGGCGUUGGUUUCUAAUUGAAAUAAAUCACAUCUUUGAAGCUGACUGUAACAUGACUACUUGGAUUCAUUCAGCUACCAAACAUUUAAACCAUGCAUAAUCAUGCUAGUUAAAGCUUAACAACAGUGUAGUUCAGGACUUUCACUGGACAGUGCUGUAAAUUGCUACCCCAAACCUUUUAAAAUUUUACAGCAGUUUUCAACUAUAUUGCCCACUUUCCUGCAUGCUUAGGUAUCAGAUGAGAUGCACUUCAUUAACAUUCAUAGAAUCCAUGGUUCAUCCUUGCUAGCUGCAGCAGCUUUAUUUAUUUGUUGAUAAUAACUUACGCAAGUUACUAAUCAUUUGCUGUUCUAACUGUUCUGAAUAUGACAACUUUGUAUGAGUUUUUAUUUUAAGGAAGUUGCUAAGUCUUGUGGCUUUUUGCAGAGAAUGUCACAGCACGGGAGAGACUUUUUAUGUGUUAAAAGCGUGGAACAAACUUGGAUAUUCCAAAAUUCAGUCAGUUAGUUAAUGAUGAUGUGCAUAGUCUGUUCUUAAAAGUAAGAACUGUAUAAAGCACCAGCAGAAUCAAACUCUUAAUCUAGCAAACUGCUUAGUGGUGAUAUUAAAAUUGGUAUUAUUUACUAACUUUAGUAAUGUUUAUGAUGCCCCAGUGCUGUUAAUGUAAAAUAAACUAUAUACUGGUUACUCAGUAAAUAGAAAUAGACUAUUUGAAUAAGUGCUGUUUGAAAGUGGCCCCUCCGUUUCCCUGGCUUAAAAGGAGUUCUGCUUGGCUAGACUGAAAACUCUGUGUGGG